AUGCCGUAUGAAGAGGCUGAGUCAAGCAUUGUGCAAGAUACACCACCAUAUGAUGGUGCACAGCACCGCCAGGACGCACUUUGGGAAGGCGGGAAUGAAGAGCUUCCUCCUAUGUGGCAACAGUUUAUGCCAUCGUCGGAUAGUGCAAUACAAUAUCAUGAUGAUAUGCUCACGAUGUUCUCGUGGAACCGACCUUUACCAGGAGUGCGACUAGACAAUCCUGGAGAUCUUGCUGUUCCUGGAUGGGAAUGGCACAUCUCACCGCUUGGUCGGUCUUACUUCGUCAACAAUAACACUUGGAUCACGUCAUGGAAGAAACCAAAGUGA